UCGCUGUUGCGUGUGGUGGUAGGGCGCCUGACGUUUUGACGCCUGGCACUCUUUGGUUUAAUGAUAGGAGUAUGUUUCCGGAUGUUUAGUGUUCAGAGCAAGAAUGGCUGCGAUGUUUACGUGUUGUCUAAGCUGCUGCGGAGAUGGCGGACCCGGGCAUAUCCCCCUCAAAGAAAUGCCUACUGUUCAGUUAGAUACUCACCACAUGGGCACAGAUGUUGUUAUCGUGAAGAGUGGGCGGAGGAUAUGUGGCACUGGAGGCUGCCUGGCCACUGCUCCUCUGCACCAGAACAAAAGUUAUUUUGAGUUCAAGAUCCAGUCCACUGGUGUGUGGGGAAUAGGUGUGGCCACGCAGAAGGUGAAUCUUAACCAAGUGCCUAUGGGCAGAGACACAAACAGCCUAGUCCUCAGGCAUGAUGGGUCUGUGUACCACAAUAAUGAAGAGAAGAAUCGCCUACCUGCAAACAACCUUCCUCAGGAGGGUGACAUUGUGGGCAUCACAUAUGACCAUGUGGAGCUGAAUUUAUAUCUGAAUGGAAAGAACAUGCAUUGUCCUGCCUCAGGGAUCCGAGGCACUGUAUACCCCGUUGUUUAUGUGGAUGACAGUGCCAUCUUAGACUGCCAGUUUAGUGACUUCUACCACACACCUCCACAAGGAUUUGAGAAGAUCCUCUUUGAACAACAAAUCUUCUAAAGGAGCACUUCAGCCUCAGCCCCUCUUUACGUUGUCAUCCUCCCCUAUCUAUCAUAGCAAUCUUUGUGACACUACAGUUUGACCUUGAUUGGAUGUCAUUAUGUGCGGCUUGAACGCCUCUUCUUUUGUUUUUCCUGAUUGCUCUGUCUCUUAACUGCUGCUCUGGAUUGACGUCGGAGUAUCCUUGAAGGAAUGUGGAUUUCUAAUCAUUGGUCGGCUAUGAUGGGCCAGUACUGUCUGUACUGACGGAAAAUU